AUGGAGGAGGUCGCUGAGAGCUUCGUGGAGCCGCACACGCCCGCGGAGCCUGUCCUAAGGAACGAGGCCGAUGAGGCCCCCCAUGAGGCCCCCGAAGAUCACCUGAGCCCCAGCGAGGAAGAUCCUGUGAGCAUCCAGGGGAUUGGGGAGCUUGAUUCCAGCAAUGUGCUGAUAGAAGAGCAGGAUGAGUCCAAAGAGGGCCCGGUAUCGAGGUUAGACCCGCCUGCUACUUGUGAUAUCGGCUGCGUUGAGCAGCCAUUCUACACCUCUCCCGUGCCUGAAACAGAGGGAGGCUUGGCAUCCGCUGUGGACCUUUUGGUAUCCCAUCCUCGGCAGUCAGUCUUUCAGACGCUGGAGGGUGUCGACAGCGAUCUGCACGGACCUUGCCCGGUUCCGGAAUCCGAUAUUCCAUUGCCAGCAUUUCGGAGUCGGAGCGCCGCCUGGUCCUUUGGCGACGUCGAGCAACUGAGCCAUGUCGGCGCUGCUUUCGUUCUUCAGAACAGGCUGAGAGACGAAUUAUCAGCUCCGCCCUGCAUGUUCGGCAGAUCCCACGUCAACAUCCUGGCUACCCCGGCUUUCUUACAUCGGGGUGCUUGCAGGAGCCUUCAUCAUGUUUCACGAGCAGUACCGUUAAUGAACUUUCGCCAGUUGGCUUUGCCGGCUCACGAGCCGGAUCCCCCUUCGCCAAAGUUUAUGGCCCUCAUCGGUCGGUGCAGCGGUGCCAAAACGGUGCAGCUGGAUUCUUCAACUGAUCUCAGGCUGGAGGCGACCCAAGCGCCCAGACGGAUCAGUGCUUCCAGUGCUCGCAGCUCCUCCUUCGGGGAGGCGGCCAGCGUGGAGUCCAUGAGCCUGAGUCCCCCAAAGCAGCCGCUCACAGCAGAAGAGCUGCAAGCCGCGCGCAUGGGCUUCUUUUUCGAGAAGGAGUCCAGAGUCGUCGAAGACGACUUGGAGGUGCUUGCUGCAAGCUCCGUUCAUCAUGAG